GAGAUGUUGGUCAAGAAGAAGAGGACUGGCAGUUAGGUUGGGCCAGUUGUUGUCUAGAGGACCUGGAGGACUUUUGUACUCGAGUUUUCAUCCUUGAAAAGGUAGUAUGGAUGCUUUUAAUAGAUUGGUUGGUAUCUGAGGAGUCUUUAUCAUCGGGUUUAUUAGUAGGCAAUGUAUUG